AUGGUGAACCCGAGGGAUAACACCACCAGUCCUUCCCUCGAGGGAAUAAACCCUGGUGACGAGUACGAACCAGCAACGGUGGACAAGCCAUUGCACACCGAAGACAGAGACCGAUCUGUCCCACCAAAGAGUCGAUCCGCCUCACCAAAGGGCCGAUCUACUUCACCGAGUAAGAGCGAGAGCCCGCCUCCUCCUCCUACAAGAAGCCGUCGUACGAAGAAAUCAUCUUCAAACGCCAAGUUUCUCCGACGCCGUGAGGACGGUCGUGAGACCAUAAGCCGAGAGCUUCGACUCAAUGCAAGACAAGCAGAAGAAGACCCAGGAGCAGCUCGACGCCGUGAUCCGAGAAGACGACGAGGAACCGUUGGAUCUCGCUGCCGCGAUGACUAA